GAAACAGCUGACUCAAAAAAGACGCAAAUAGAAUAUUUCGAAAACUGCAACGCAAUAACUUGUGCCACGUGCAACGUGAAAACAUGAAAUUCAUAAAAAAAAUUAUUUGCUUUUCUAUUCGAAAAAACAGUAAUCAUUUGCAUUGACAGUUUUUGUUUCUGGGGUUCAUGGAAGUACAAAAAUUAUUCGACAUGCAAUAAGCACCUGAAAAACAGCGCGCCAUAACCAAAACAAAGAAGUUUUCCCUUUGUGAUCAAGGGACUCUAUAUAUUUUCAAAUCAUCAUACUUUCCUGAUUAAAAAUGAGCUCAGGAUGGACACAGACGAAAAUUGUUCUCGGUGGUUUGGUCGACUUGCUCGCAUGUGGAAAAUGCAAAAAAACACCAGGAUUGCCAAUGAGAUACGCUACUUGUGGACAUUUUUUUUGUGACACUUGUAUAUUUGGGCAAGAAACUUGUUUUCAAUGUCAUGUUCCUAUCACACCAAAUGAAAUACAGCCUGAUAGAAUGGUCGCUAACGUUCUUGAAUAUUGCAACGUCAUUAUUAAUGUCAUCACAAAAAAUAAUUCAGAAGAUUUAAAGAGCCUGGCAAGAGCAGUCCAUCAAUUCUCUGCAGAGUGCAACGGCAUUGUACCAGAAACAGAUUCUGAUUCCGGAGAUGACAUUGUUGCAUCUACUCCACCAGGUAAAAGAAGUAGAAAACGAAAUCAUGAUGGAGAGAAUAAAGCAGUGAUUGAAAAUACUCAUCCUCCACUUUCUAAGGAGCUUUGUCAGCAAGAAAGUAUAAAUAAAGAUCUUGAAUCAGAAACUCGAGGAUUUGUAAGUCCCACUCAGUUUAGUCCACGUCAAAGAAAAAAACACGUUCUACUGGAAACUGCAGGGGUUUCCGAUCAGUCUGAAUGGAGUUCGAGUCAAAGGGGAAAAAAUUUGGAACCGGAAACUAAAGGCUUCGUAAGUCCCACUCAGUUCAGUCCGCAUCGAAAGAAAAAUGUGCAACCAGAAACUAAGGGAUUCGUGAGUCCCACUCAGGUCAGUCCGCAUCGAAAGAAAAAUGUGCAACCAGAAACUAAGGGAUUCGUGAGUCCCACUCAGUUCAGUCCGCAUCGAAAGAAAAAUGUGCAACCAGAAACUAAGGGUUUCGUGGACGCGACUCAGAUUGAUCCACAUAAUGGCAAAACAAAUGUAGAAACAGAAACUGCAAGAAUUUUGGAUCAAAUUGAAUGCAGUCCAUCUCAAAGGGAAAAAAAUGUAAAUCCAGAAACUAAAGGAUUCGUGAGUCCAACUCAAUUCAGUCCACAUUGUCACAAACUAAAUCCUCAACCAGAAACCGUAGGAUUUGUCGAUCCAACUCAGUUUAGUCCACGUGGGAGAAAAACCGAUGCAACGACUACAGAACUAGAAACUGCAGGAUUUGUCGAUCCUACUCAAUUCAGUCCGCAUCAAAGGAAACAAAAGUUGCAGCCCAAACCCCUCAUACCGGUGGAUCCAAUAAAUCGAAAUAAGAAUCGCAUUGAACAAGAAUUGGAAGCAGAAACAAUUGGCUAUUUGGACAAAACGCUGACGCCUCCGGGUCGAAAAAAAAAGGGUCUUGCCAUAAUAAAAACUCGAAAAUUUUCAGCUCACAAUUUGUUUACACAAGAUAAAAACAAAAAAUCGGUAGUUGAAUCUCCCGAAACAGAUCAAUCGCAAUUUGUUGAUAAAAUGUCUCUUCAUAAACGCAACAUGAUCGAUUCGAAGGUCGAAACUCCACCACGUGACAACGUUCUUGUGAAAAAACAUGAGAAUUUUGCCAUAAAAGCCACGGUCCUGGAAAGCUCUGAUUUCGUCGAUCCUACGCAGUUCGAAAAAAGUGAAGCAGCAAAAGUUCAGCCCGAAACUGAAGGAUAUCGCGAUCCAUCGCAACCACCUCUUCGUUCUGAGAAAAAUAAAGUUUCGAAAACCCUGGAUACUCAAUCGAUUGGUCAACGUUCGGAAAAUAUUGACACAGAAACUAAAGAUUAUGACAGUUCCGAAGAAAUAGAUUGGAUGGAAGGAAGGGCUAGGAAAAAUUUGCACGAAUCGAACAACGAUUUGAUGUUGGCUCCAGAGUCGGUCGACGUGGAUAAAACCCUUCGGGGUAGUUCGACGAUUCCGGAAACUUAUCAAAAUACUGAAAACGUCACCAAUUAUCACAACAUUUCGAUGGAAAUCGAGCACGACAUUGUCGAAAAGUCCAUACUUUCAGAUCACUCUCUAGCAGGGAUAUCUGAAGAGAAAAUUCCGAACGCUGAUUCGAACAAAAGAACAAUAUCGAGGGUACAUGAAGAUUCGAUGGAAAAUUCGGAUAUCGGGCAAGAAUCUCCCGUUCACCAAUUCAAGCGUAUCAAAAGUUUAGCUCUUAGUCGCCAGACCAAAAUUCGCGAAUUAUUAACAGAAGAUUUCGACUCGUCCAUGGUGACUAGUGAAGCAAAACAGAAAUCAUCUUACGAAAAAGACGAAAUCCAUGAAAAUAUUCCGCUUGAUCGUUUUGAAAAAUCUCCUUCGGUAUCGAACUCUAUCAGUUCCGCUAGUGAGGAAAAUAUUGACGGAAAAAUUGAAGAGACUGAUGAGGAAACGCCAUCAAAACGUCCGAGACGGACGAGAAGUGCUUUGAGUAAAGAAGAGCCAAAAAGGUCUUCUACCAGGUCGACGAUCGUGCCUGAAAUUCUAGAAAGAGAGAAAAUAGUUACGAGGAGACGAUCUACGAAAGAAUCCUCGCAGGAAAAAUGGAAUUCCGGGGAACAUCAAGAAAUUGAAUCUCAUGUGGUUGAGGGAAGUACAAAAUCAUCAGAAACCAGAAGAGUCUCAACGCUGCGUCUCAAAAAUCGCGAAGAUUUGAACAAGGAAAAUCUCGAUGAAGCAUCGGAACAAAACGUUAAAAAUAAAUCAGUGGAUCCAAAGGCAAGGCGUAACGUUGACAAAGUGAAAACUGCAGUGCCAAAAUCUAUACCGAAAAAUGUUAACAAACGCAAUGCCAAAGGAGAAACUCUGCUGCACACAGCUUGUGUCAAAGGACAGGAAGAUUACGUUAAAAUUCUACUCGAAGCCGGAGCAAAUCCCAACACCAAAGACAACGCCAAUUGGACACCGUUGCAAGAAGCAGUCAACCUCGGUCACCUGGAAAUAUGCAAGAUGCUGUUGCAAGCAGGCGCCUCGGCGAAUACACCGGCGAUGGACAACCGAACGGCGUUGCACGAAGCCGCUGCGAACGAUAAAUUUAAGGAGGCUACUUUACUGCUGCAAUACAACGCCAACACCAACGUCUACGAUAAAUUCGGGAAACGACCCAUAGAUUAUGCAGUUUCGAGUGAAAUGCAAGCUCUAUUGAGGGGUUCUAACGAACCUGCAAAAGUUGAUGAGAUUGACGAAUGUGGCGAUGCGGCAUUGGAUCAAUCGAUAAUAAUACCUAAUUCGAAAGUGGUUGUACUACCGUCGAAUCUUAACAAUCAGAACCGAAAGUUGCUGGCACAACUAGCGUCGAAGCUCAAAGUCGAAGUCGCGACGACUUUCAGGCCCACGGUUACUCACGUGAUCGUAGAAACCAAUGACCGAAAUAUCACGGAAUUAACGUACAACGUUAUGCUCGCCAUACUUCAGGGCAAAUGGAUUCUCAACAGUCAAUGGAUAACGAUCAGCUCGGAUUUAAACGAUAUUUCCGAAAUCGAUUUGGAAAUGUUCGAGGUUCGUGGCGCUCCGAAUCCUGGGACUCCAACGCGCGCUCGUACGAACGAAGAAAAACAAAAUCCCCGAUUAUUCAACAACUGUUAUUUCUACUUCGCAAUCGGUCCACGGUGCACGUGGAGUUACGAAAAAUUUGAAUUUACAAAGGAGAGUCUGACGACCCUGGUCCUCGGAGGUCAAGGCGAGAUUCUCCAUCGCGAACCGGAUCCCGAAGACGUGAAAGAUUACAAACUUACACCUUUCCACGUCGCCCAUAAGCCCAUACAUCCGCUGUACAAAUGUUCCCAUUAUAUUAUUUACAUGCCGGGAAAGGACGAGCCACGUGUUAAGUACAAUAUGCCUCAUAUUAAGUCACUUCCGGUUGGAUGGUUUUUAGAGUGCAUUGAAAAAUUUACUCUCGUUGAUCCUGCUCUCAUGGGCAUUUCAUAAAAUUUGUUAUUUCUUAGUAGCCUAGAAGGAGGUAUAAAUAUUUUAUUGUAUAAUUUUUUCAUGGACGUUUUUUUUUCAUAAAUCAAUUGUAUUAUAUUAUUGAGUAACUAAACGAUCAUUGUUCAAAUAUAUCCUUAUUUCGAAUACUUAUGAUUUUUCGUCCGUAAACAAUUUUCAUAUCAAGUUUUUGAAAGAUGGGAUGAACUCCCAUCUAAAACGUGAACUGACAUGAAAUUCGGUGAAUUAAUUUAAGAAAACGUCUUCCAAUAAAACAACUAAAGCACUUCUAGAGAUUUUUUCUCUUAGUUCUUUCACGUCGCUAUAUUUAUGGAGGUACAAUCCUAGUCGUAGAAUAAAAAUAGACACGAAGCGUAAAGCAGUCCCAAAAAAAGGCGUUAAAAAUUAUGGUAUUUUGAACAAACGUCCAAUAACAGAAAUUCACGCGCGUGUGAUACAUGUUCACCUGAGAUUUCAAUCCGUCGCUUAUAAAAGUUGCGUAAAAAUUCAAUGAAAAAAAUGAAAACAUCAAAAUUAAAAUGAACGAAGUAAUUAAAAAGGAAAAAAAAACGUACGAACGCCUCGUACGGUAUCGCGCACAUU